AUGAGAGGCGUUCGACAAUUUCGCUCUGCGUCGAGGACCCUUGCUCACUGUUCCCAGCAGUCUCGACGACUCAUUCAUUCAACGCCCAGUCGACAUGAAAUCAGUACCCUCCAAAUGCCUGCAAUGUCCCCAACCAUGACCGAAGGCGGAAUUGCCUCCUGGAAAAAGCAACCGGGAGAAGCAUUUGUUGCCGGUGAUGUUCUCCUUGAAAUUGAAACUGACAAGGCUACUAUUGACGUGGAAGCCGUAACUGAUGGGGUGAUGGCAAAAAUUCUGCUACCAGAUGGAACGAAGAAUAUACCAGUUGGAAAGGUCAUAGCCAUGCUAGCAGAGGAGGGUGAUAAUAUUUCUAAUGUGGAAGCUCCCAAGGAAGCAGAAGCACCACCGACCGCCUCACCGCCCAAGCAAGAAACCGCUCCUUCGACCCCACGUCCAGCUCCGACCCCAGUAGCGCACUCGUCGUCACCUCCGUCCCAUUCGCGUCCAUUAUUCCCAUCCGUCUACCGCCUACUGCAUGAAAACAAUGUAACCAAUGCUGAGCAGAUCAAAGGUACUGGUGUACGCGGCAUGUUGACCAAAGGCGAUGUUCUUGCAUUCUUGGGCAAAGCUUCUGGUCCUCUCGGCACUUACAAGGAACCUGCACCUGCUCAGCCCACCGCGCCCAUUCCUAAGAAGGACGAGCCAAAACCCAUAGACGCAGCCGCACUUCGACAGCUCAUCGUUUCAACAAUGCUUCGAAAUUCAGUCAAGCCGGCUACCGCCCCAGGACCACCCCCGGAUUUCGACUCCGUUAUUGCGGACUAUCUUCCAUCAACACCUGCUAUCCCCAAGCCGGAAGCGAAGCCACCUUCCGCGUCGUCCAAGUCAACCGCGGCUUACUUUGACGGUCUCAUUUAG